AUGUCUUCUCAAGGCAAUGACCAGGAGCAAGAUGUCCUACCCGAACAGACAGAGGGGUUUAGGGUUGGGGAAAAGAAGACAAUGAAUGAAUAUCAGCAACUCGAUGCCGAAGAUGAGGCUAUGCAGAGAUAUAAAAGGUCUCUCGGUAUAGGAGGAGACGGAAAAUACCUAACUGAUCCCAAUGAUCCCCGACAAUGUAUAAUCUUAUCCUUAACUAUGGAGUCUCAAGACCGUCCACCAGUAACUAUUGAUCUUUCUGAAGAAGAUUCGCUAUCUACUCUUAAAGAUAAGCCAUUCAAAAUUAAGGAAGGUGCUAGCUACUCAAUGACGGCCAAAUUUAAGGUUCAACACGAAAUCUUAAGUGGCCUGCACUAUGUUCAGAUAAUAAAGCGAAAAGGAAUUAGGGUCAGAAAGGACCAAGAGAUGAUUGGUUCUUAUGCACCAAAUACUGAGGCGAAUCCGGUUUACACCAAGAGAUUUGCCGUAGAUACUGCCCCAUCAGGAAUUAUGGCCCGAGGAAACUACACUGUCAUUAGUAACUUCAUAGAUGACGACAAGAAAGUUCAUUUGAUAUUUGAAUGGUCAAUUAUGAUUGGAAAAGACUGGUAG